AUGUUCUUCACCGUCCACGACCUCGAGACGAACGGCAACACGAACGUCAUGGGGUACGCUUACAUCGGCGACGUCUGUAAACAGACCGGGAUAUCCGUGGUCGAGGCGACGACGGAUUACAGGGCGGCCAUGCAGGGGGCUCACGUGUUGGGCCACAGCCUGGGCAGCAAGCACGACGGGGAUGGGAACAACUGUGACCCAAACCAAGAAUAUCUCAUGAGCCCGAACAAACACCCGGCCACCAAAAACAAGUGGUUCUUCUCAAGCUGCUCGGCAAACCAGAUCAAAG